AUGGAUCCCAACUAUCUGCCUGGUGCCAAUCAUGAAGCCUUCACCGAAUGGGCUCUGUCUCAAGGUGUAGUCACCGAUGCAGUCACCCCGGCGCGUUUCCCAGGACGCGGUUUAGGAAUGAUGGCUACGCGCAAAAUCAAGAAAGGUGAAGCUGUGGUACAAGUACCUACCGACGUAAUCUUCACAGUGGACCAAAUUCCUGAGCCAUUCAGGUCCCAGUUUCCUGAAGGCACAGCCGUGCAAUCAAUCAUGGCUGCAUUCUUGACUCACGGUAGCGAAGAGGAGCUUGAAAAGUACCAGCUGUGGUUCAAAGCCUGGCCCACCCGUCAAGAUUUUGAAGAUAGCUUGCCCUUGCUCUGGCCAAGGGAACUAGGCGGUCUUACCUGGCCAGACAGUGAUGUCACAACCGAGUCCGUUUCAAUUCCCAAUUUGCUUCCCCCUUGUAUUGCCGGUCGGUGGAACUCUAUCGAGAAAGGGCUGCGAACGAAGAAUUAUGAAACAGAGCACCAGGACCUGGAGCCACAGCAGGAAAUACGGCUACGCAAGGCGUGGACAGAUGUCACUUCAGUUCUUCCGGAGACUGACUGGCGAAGCUUUUCUUACCACUGGCUCAUUCUUAACACGAGAAGUUUCUAUUGGGUUGGGCCUGAUCAGGAACCCCCGGAGAAUCGGAAUGAUGCGAUGGCUUUGUUACCUUUUGCAGAUUAUUUUAAUCAUUCGGAUGUCGAGUGCGAUGUCAAAUUUGAUGAGAAAGAAUAUACCCUUCGAGCUACGGAGGAUUAUGAGAAGGGCGAUGAAGUCUACAUGAGUUAUGGAAGUCAUCCGAAUGAUUUCCUCUUGGCUGAAUAUGGCUUCUUCCUUGAGAAGAACGAAUCAGAUUGUAUCUACCUCGAUGACAUUGUCUUCCGUGACAUUGACAACCCGGACAAGCAGGAGGAGCUAUGGUUGAACCAAUAUUAUGGUGAAUAUCAAGUCACCCCAUAUGGGGUUUGUUACCGCACCGAGGUUGCAGCGUGUCUAAUGUACAUGAAAGAGGAAGAUUGGAGGAACCAUGUCCUCGAGGGUUCGACUGAUAAUGUGGAUGUCCAAAAGACGGAGACCAUCAUCAAGGGUUGGCUGCACACAUAUGCUAAGGAGGCGGAUGCAACAAUGAGCGCAAUAAAGGUAGCUCUUGAGUCUAAUGCGGUAGUUCAAAUACACCGCCAAAAGGCAGAGACGUUGCUGCGCCGUUGGGAACAGAUCAAGGACAUCUGUGAACGCGCUUCAGCGGUC